AGGGUCUGGUGGCGAGCGGUGGACAAGCGCUGCCGGAGGGCGAGCCUGCCGCCCUGUCCAGCUCUCGGAAGCCUGGAGAGGAUCCAGCGGCUGUGCCAAGGGAAGAGCUUAACCAUGUUUCAAGUGGCAAACCUCUGGAGAUGGAGCGGCUGGUCCCAAAGCAGGGGGAAGGAGCAUCCGGGUGACCCUCAUGGCAGCCAGGCCGGAGAACCGAGGGCCCAGGCAGGGCAGGCAAGCGACGGAUGGUGUGUGAUGAGCUUGGCAGGAGCCUCUGAUGAUGUUUGUAAGGACAGAAGUGAGGAGCAGCUGGGUCUCCCAGCUGGGUGUAGGGACUUGGACCAUGAAGAGUGGGAAGUUGUUUCUGAGCACCUGGCCUGGGGGGAGGCUGGCAAGAACAGUGGUGCAGAAGACUCUGACAGCAAGGAAUGGGAACAAGGAGACUGCGCUGAUGGGGACCUGAAAGCAAAGAGGGUUGCAGCUGUGCCCCCCAUGUUUCAAAAUAUCCACGUGACUUUCCGAGUGCACUACUACACGCACUCUGAUGCUCAGCUGCUUGGCGUGACUGGUGACCACGAGUGUCUCGGCCAGUGGCACAGCUAUGUUCCCCUCAAGUAUGACAAGGAUGGCUUCUGGUCUGAAUCUGUUAGUCUGCCAGUAGACACCAAAGUGGAGUGGAAGUUUAUCUUGGUGGAGAAUGGGAAGGUCAGACGUUGGGAAGAAUGUGGUAAUAGGACCCUAGUGACUGAACAUGAAGAUCAAAUAGUUCAUCAGUGGUGGGGGUACCAUUAA